CUGAACGGCAAAUAGCAGACUUUGUAAUUUUGUGUCCUUUUUCUUAUGCGUUUGUACCAGAAUAUCUGGGCCCCUUGGCAGCCUUUCAUUUCCUUAUAGUAUUCUCUAGCAGGCAUAUGGCAUCUUAGAUAUCCCUGCUGUUUAGUGACUGCCACUUAUAUCUGCUUACUUCUUCUCCCUCUAUAUCAUUUUAACAUUUCUUUACCCAAGAUGAUGUAUUCUGCCCCCCUUUUCCUUCUAUUCUGUCUUCUUCCUCUAAGGCCCAACUGGGUUAUGGCAGAUGAAGAUGAUUAUGGAGAAGAAAUUGUUCUGUCCUUUGCCAUGCAAGAAGAAGCCCAAGUAGAUAUGGAGAAGGAGACAUCUAUUGGGGCUUUCUACUGGAGUAAUAAGGAGGCCUGGAGAACUGCAGGCCAGUAUGUGGUGGUGUUGAAAGAAAAUAUUCACAGGUCCCAGACAGAGAGAGUCAUCCGCCGGCUGCAGGCAAGAGCAGCAAAGCAUGGCUACCUGACCAAAAUUGUUAACGUCUUCCAUGAACUUUUCCGAGGGUUUGUUGUGAAAAUGAGUAGUGACUUAUUAGAGAUGGCUCUGAAAUUGCCACAUGUGGAUUAUAUAGAGGAAGAUUCAUUUGUAUUUGCACAGAGUGUUCCAUGGAACCUUGACAGGAUUGUCCCUGCCCAGCAAAUGGCCAACCAAUUCAGCCCACCUAAUACGGGAGAUUCUGUUGAGGUUUAUCUCUUAGACACCAGUAUUCAGAGUAACCACAGAGAAAUAGAAGGAAAAGUGUUUGUGACAGAUUUCCAGAAUGUCCCAGAGGAAGAUGGAACCCGCUUCCACCGACAGGCUAGUAAAUGUGAAAGUCAUGGAACCCAUAUGGCUGGAGUGGUAAAUGGAAGAGAUGCCGGUGUAGCUAAAGGCGUAAAUGUCCGCAGCCUUAGAGUACUAAAUUGUCAAGGCAAAGGCACAGUAAGUGGAAGUCUAACAGGUCUGGAGUUUAUCAGAAAAACAUUGAUUGAACAGCCUUAUAACCCGCUGAUUGUCCUCAUCCCCUUUGUUGGAGGGUACAGCCGGAUACUGAAUGCUGCCAGUCGUGCCCUGGUCAAUACAGGAGUUAUCAUAAUUUCUGCAGCUGGAAACUAUAAGGAUGAUGCCUGUUUGUACUCCCCAGCAUCAGAACCUGAGGUUAUUACAGUUGGAGCCACUAACUACCAGGACCAACCUGCAACAAUGGGUGUACUUGGCACAAAUUAUGGAAACUGUGUUGACUUAUUUGCCCCUGGAGAUGAUAUCAUAGGUGCCUCCAGUGACUGCAGCACCUGCUUUACUUCAAAAAGUGGAACAUCCCAAGCAGCCGCACAUGUGGCAGGCAUUGCAGCAAUGAUAUUAAAUGACAAACCAGACCUAUCAGUGUCAGAAUUAAGGCAGAGACUCAUACAUUUCUCUACCAAAAAAGCCAUAAAUGAAGUCUCGUUCCCAGAGGAUCAGAGGCUGAUCACUCCUAAUCGAGUUGCAGGGCUCCCUGUGAAGCUUCUCACAGAUGAGGAGCUUUUUUGUCGUACAGUUUGGUCAAAACCAUCUGGCUUUGCUCGUAAAGCAACAACCUCAGUUCAGUGCAGUGGGAAUGAAGAGAUGUUCAGCUGUUCCAGUUUCUCCAGGAAUGGGAAAAGAAAAGGAGAACACAUAGAGGAAGGAGGUGGAAGGAAGACGUGUAUUGCGCACAAUGCAUUUGGGGGAGAUGGAGUUUAUGCAAUUGCUAGAUGUUGCAUUUGGCCAAAAGCUGUCUGUCACAUUAAUUCUACCACACCUGAAGAUGGAGAAGAGCCAUCCACUGUAAGCUGCUCAAAUGAGGACCACAUUUUAACUGGGUGCAGCUCUCAUCAUGGGUCUGGACAUUUGAGUGACUUUGUAAGGCCCAUACACAGGGCUGGCAAUGAAGGCUCGGCUUGUGUUGGAAAAAGUGAGGUCACUUCCCAUGCUCUGUGCUGCCAUGCACCAGACAUUGCCUGCAAAGUGAAAGAAUAUUCUCCCGUGGGCUUUAUGGACAAGGUGACUGUUUCAUGCGAUGAAGGCUGGACGCUGACUGGCUGCAAUGCAUACUCCCGCAGUUCCAAUACUCUGGGAGCAUAUUCUAUUGAUGACACCUGCGUUGUGUCAAACCCUAAAGGUGGAAAAGGAGCUGCCGCCAUAGCUAUCUGCUGCCAGAACAAACACACUGAAAACAAACAAAACACAAACUACCGGUGAAUUAUACCAAUAUAACCUUCUGACUUGUGAAGCUUUGAACUUUUUUUUUUAAGUUGUACAUUGGAAUAUUGGCAUUCUGCCCAAGACAUUUGAAACAUAAAUUUUAAUAUGCAUGUUGGUUAGCUGAAGGUAUAUAUCAGGCAUCUGCAAGUUGUAGCUGUAGUUAUUCUACUAAUAUAAACAUAUCUCUUACUUAUAGCCAAAUUCUGUUGGGAGUAGCAGAAAAAUGUAAGAACCUUACAACAGGUUGUAUUAUUACAUCUAUAGUAAGCUGAGCUAUACACAAUAUAAAAAGAAAAAAAAAAAAAAGCUUCCCUUUCUGCAAAAGACCCUAAUAUAUAGUGCACAGAUAUUUAUAAACAUGGCCCUUUUCAGUGGCAUAUCUUAUAGGUCACGGUAUCUAGAGCAGGAAACAAGAAUGACAAUUGCUAAAAAGAACAAACUUUGAUUAGGGCAACAUGACCCUUAAAGGACAUGUAAACCCUUCACAAAAAAUGUAACCAGUGAACAGCCUCUUUGAAAUCUUUAAAUACUUGCCACUGUUGUUGUUCAGAGGUUAAUAGUAAGGCUGCAGCAUCCCCUUAAUCACUUUGGAUUCCUUCUGCUCUAACCCACUUGGCCCCUCCCUUAAGAAUUAACUUUGGCUGUUGGCUACUGGGCAUGCUCAGUUCUUCUCAACUCAGGUUACCAAACACACCCUUCAGUCUAACAGCCAAUGAAGAGAUUUUUUUCUCCUAACCUCAACUUAACCGUUACAGGGCACAACCCAAGCAGAACUUUUUAUCAAAGUAGGUUCUGCCUGUGUAAACCUGCAAGAUGUAUACGUUACUGAAGAUGUGUCAGAGGGAAAAUGGCCACUGGGUGAAAGCUGCUAUUUGUUUUAGGAAAGUGUGAUGGUGCUGGUAAACAGAGGGGAUAUAUGCAGUAUAAAGGAUGUAGUGUGGGAGAUGUGCCCAACUUAUAUACAUGGUAGGAAAAUGUAGGGUUUACAUGUCCUUUAACUGGUGUAAAUGUGAUUGUUACAGUGUACUCUUUCAUAUAAAAGUAACUUACAUUCUCAUUUUUUAGUCCCUUUAGCAUAGAAUGUUUUUUGAAAACAUCUAUAAUUGUAGUUGUCAGGCUUAGUGCUCUCUCUUUUAUUGCACUAAAGGCAAUAGUAAGAGCUUGUAUCUAAAUUGUUUGUUCUAGUCUUUAUUGCGAAUUACAGACAGGAGUUAUAUACAACGAGCCUUAGGUUCUAGGAUGUCAAGCUUGGGAAGGAUAGGAAUGACAUCUCCAGGCACUGGCUGAGGACCUCUGAAGUCAUAUUUCACUGCACUGCUGGAGUAGGACAUUACUGCUUAAAGCUUUGCUUUCCACUGUACUUCUCUUUUUAUACUUUGGACAUAUUUAUUUGGGGCUUGUGAACUAGCUUUGUUUUGUACAUCAGUCAUAUUUUGAAUAAAACAUAAAAAUAUA